AUUGAUUUUUCUAAAAAAGAAAUUUAAAAAAAGAAAAGAAACAAUUUAAAAUCCCCCACUCUCUCUUCAGAUUAUCUCUUUCUUCCCCUGAUUUUCACUAAAACCCUAGAUUUAUACUCACAUCACUCCAGCCCCUGAUUUAAAAACACAGCCUUUGUUUUAGUCAGUGUCGUUUUUUUGUUUCCCCAAAAGGUACCGUACAAUGUCGGGUUCUGGUGGCGUUUCGAUCGCGAGAAGCCGUGGCGGCGAGAGCCGGUUUUACAAUCCGCCGCCGAUGAGGAAGCAGCAACAACUGCAGCAACAGCAGCAGCAGCAGCAGAUGACGACGACGACGAUGCAGCGACGGGAACAAAGGCCGCCGUUGAUUUCGAAGGGUUCGACGGAGAAGAGAACGGAUCACGAGGAUUGCGCCACUUUAUUGCCGUCUUCUUCGUCUUCGUCGUCGUCGGCGAAUAAUAGCAGUAAAACAAAUGAUGAUAAUUCGACGAAUUUGGAUCGGUUCUUGGAGUUUACGACUCCUGUGGUUUCGGCUCAGUAUUUACCCAAGACAAGCAUAAGAGGAUGCAGAGGGCAGGAGCGUGGACUGGAGUGUCCUCCAUAUUUUGCGCUUAAGGAUUUGUGGGAGUCUUUUAAAGAAUGGAGUGCAUAUGGAGCUGGUGUUCCGCUUUUGUUGAACGGGAGCGACUCUGUAAUGCAAUACUAUGUCCCUUAUUUGUCUGGCAUUCAGCUGUAUGUUGACCCAUCAAGACCCUCCCCAAGGCAGAGGAUGCCUGGUGAGGAGAGUGAUACUGAGUCAUCGAGGGAAACAAGUAGUGAUGGUAGUGAUAGUGAUUAUGGAGUAGCAAGAAGAGCUAACAACAUUGUCCCAGGUUCUUGGAAUCAGCUGGAUAUUGCAGAUGCAAAUAUUCAGAGAUUGAAUACACUGUCACUUAGAAAUAGACCCUUUGGGGGUUCAUCAAGUGAUGAAAGUGAUACUUGUAACCCUUUGGGUCAGCUUACUUUUGAAUACUUGGAACAUGAUCAACCAUUUAGUCGUGAGCCCUUGGCUGACAAGAUCUCGGUUCUGGCAUCUCAGUUUCCAGCACUGAGGACAUAUAGGAGCUGCGAUCUGUCUCCUUCGAGUUGGAUUUCAGUUGCAUGGUAUCCAAUAUAUAGGAUACCGAUGGGUCCAACUCUGCAAAAUCUUGAUGCCUGCUUUUUAACCUACCACUCUCUUUCUACACCCUUACCAUGUAAUGGCACGGAUGGGUUACCUUUCCGUGGCUUUAAUGUUAGGGAGUUUCAUGAUGCUGACAUGUCCUUAAAGCUACCAUUGCCUACCUUCGGACUUGCUUUCUACAAGUUCAAAGUUUCUGUUUGGAAUCCUGAUGGGGUUAAUGAAUCCCAGAAAGCUAAUUCCCUUUUGCAAGCUGCUGAUAACUGGCUUCGGCUUUUGCAAGUGAAUCAUCCAGAUUUCAGGUUCUUUGUUUCCCACAAUACAUACUGGCGGUGAGCAGAGGUCAACCACUUAACUUGGAACAAAAUCCCAGUAUCUCAGCAGAUUGAGCUCCAAACUGUCCCAUCAGUGUUACGUCAUACAUGAUAUUGCACACCGGACUCGUAGUUCUUCCUCACAGCUGUUAGUGAAGAUGCUUUAUUUUGUACGGUUUGUUGUGGACACCGAAUAUGGAUAGACAUGAGAUUCCGGUGAUACUUCGGGCUCUUUAUCAGCGUCAUGGCCCUGAAGAGGUAGGAUUCGAUCCCUGUGAGUUGGUAAUAAGUUUGUUCGGUGAUGGUGAUGAUAAUAAUUUGUUUGAUAUUUGUAUAUAGACAUAGUUGUGUCUUUCUAAGUUGGGACUGUGUAACAUACUACUUGUACUAACACUUAGCUUUGAACCUGGAUCUAAACUAUUAGUUUUUCCUAGUGAAAUGAAAUCACACAUUAGCUCCUA